AUGCCACCCUCAGACCUCCCAGCACCCUUCGCCGACCCUCUCCUCCCACAGCUCCCCCUCCCCUCUCCCUUCACCACCCCCAAACACCUCCGCCUCCGCGCCUUCGUCCGCAGCUACGUUGACACCCACCUCGCCCCACACGCCCAAGAAUGGGAGACCGCCGGCCUCGUCCCACCCUCAGUCUACCAAACCCACUGCUCCCACGGCUUCUCGAUCGUCCACCCCAUCACAAAACCAGAAUAUGCCGGCGGCGUCACCCUCCCCGCCGGAAUCCCCUACGACGAAUGGGACGUCUACUGCUCCGUCAUCGUCGGCGACGAGUUCUCCCGGCUGGGCUGGUGCGGCGUGACCUGGAGCCUAGGCGGCGGCAACGGGAUCGGGUGCCCGCCCAUCGCGCGGUUCGGGACUGAAGAGCAGAAAAAGCGGUGGUUACCGGGUGUAGCGCAGGGGAAGAUACGGUUCUGCUUGGGGAUUACGGAGCCGGAGGGCGGGAGCGAUGUUGCGAAUAUCCAGACGACGGCGGAGCGGAGGAGGAAUGAGAAGGGAGAGGAGGUGUAUGUGUUGAAUGGGGCGAAGAAGUGGAUUACGAAUGGGCUGUGGGCGGAUUACUGCACGACGGCGGUGCGGACGGGUGGGAAGAGUCAUGGGGGGAUCAGUUUGUUGGUGGUGCCGUUGAAUGCGAAGGGGGUGAGGAGGACGAGGAUUGAGAAUCAGGGCGUGCAUGCGAGUGGGUCCACCCUAAUAACCUACGACGACGUCGAGGUCCCAGUGUCCAACCUCCUCGGCCGCGAGAACCAAGGUUUCGCCCUGAUAAUGUCCAACUUCAACCCCGAGCGCCUCUCCCUCGCGACCGCUGCGCUUCGCCUGUCCCGCGUCUGCGUCGCCGACGCAUAUGCCUACGCCUGCGACCGUCACACCUUCGGCAAACCCUUGAUCGAGCACUCCGCCAUCAAGUCCAAAUUCGCAGAGAUGGGCACCUUGAUAGAGCCCGCCCAGGCGUUUUUGGAGCAGUUGUUGGCGAUAUUGGAUUAUGCGGCCAAGAAUCCGGGUGUGGGGGAGGUGAAUGUGGGCGGCAUGACGGCUUUGCUCAAGGUGAUGACCACGCGGUGUUUGGAGAAGGUAUGUCGAGAGGCGCAGCAGAUUAUGGGUGGUGCUGGAUAUAGUAAGAGUGGGAGAGGGGCGAGGAUAGAGCAGAUUAGUCGAGAUGUGAGGGUGCAUGUGGUAGGUGGCGGGAGUGAGGAGAUUAUGAGUGAUUUGGCGGUGAGGCAGGAGGUGAGAGAUGUGGUGUUGCGGGCCAAGGCCCGAGAGAGGGUGUCGAAUGAGUCGAAGCUCUGA